CAUUUCACCGGAAGUAACUCAGCUGCAUAAAGACAGAGGCGUGCUAGACAGGCAGGUGUAGCAUACUUUUAGACUGCACGUAGCGUGCUGAUUUUUAUUGUCUUGUUUUGCUUUUUUAUUGAAUUCUCAGUAAUGCCUCCUAAAAAGUCAGCAGCAGUCUCUGCUGACCCUACGCCUUCCUCCAGUGAUGCCCCGAAUGAUAAGAACGUUUCAGUCGCUGCGACGCUGCGCAAGCUUGCAGCUCAUCCAUCCACAGCGAUCAUGGUGAAAGAAGCACUUAAAGAGUUGGACUCGCGCAAAGGGGUUUCGUCCCAUGCGAUACAGAGUUAUAUUAAAGAAAAAUACCCGUCAGUAGACCUGGUAAGGUUGAAGUACUACAUCCGCGGAGCCCUAAAAAAAGGACUCGAGACUGGCACGGUGAUGCGGCCUCACAACUCCAAUGUCUCUACUGGCCUUCUGGGAAGAUUUAGGAUUGCACCGAAAACCAAGGAGGCAAAGCAAAAAGCUGAGAAUGUGGAUCCUAAUGUGUCUAAAGCAGCCAAGGAUGGGGCCAAGAAGCCUAAAAAAGCAGGUGCCACCAAAAAGAAAGAUUCUGCCGCUGAAGAGGCCAAGUCACACGAUGAGGAGUCCAUGCCACCCAAAAAGUCCAAGAAGGAAAAAGAGAUUCCUGCUGAAACUACAUCUAAGGCUGCUCCCGCAAAGAUGCCAAAAGCUAAAAAAGCUGCAGAAAAGGAGGAUGACAAGGAACCUUCUGACUCUGCAAAAGCUACUAAAAAGGAAACGAAGGCCACCAAGGGAACAAAGGCCACCAAGGGAACAAAGGCCACCAAGGGAACAAAGGCCACCAAGGGAACAAAGGCCACUAAGGAGACAAAGGCAGGAAAGGUGUCUCAGAGCAAGGCUGCUAAAGCAGGGAGUGACGCUCCUGCUGCUAAGGCGACUGGGAAACGAGGAAAGAAGACUGCAGAGUAAAUUAAUAAAUAACUGAUGUUUUAUACUGAUUGUUUUGCAAUAAAAUCUUAUUUUGGGA